AAUGUGGAACCUAAGAAAAACCACUUUCUAAAAUCAUAUAUUGAUGAAGAAACUUUAUAUAUAAUGACAAAUUAUAAACACAAGAGUUACACCAUAACGGUUAUUUUUGAAUUAGUAUAUUUGACAAAUUCAACAUUUCUUUUCCUAACUAUGGCUUAUGAACAACAAUGAAACCUUGUCAUAUGAUUAAGAUUCUUUGAAGCAAAAAUUCAUAGAUCAUUGGUUUUUGAAGGUUUAAGGUUUGAAUAGAAAACAUCUAGAAUUGAUUUAUUUUUAUUUUUAUAUAGGUUAAUGUCUACAUGCAUGCUAUAAGGAAGAUUUUGCAAGAACAUUGCAAUUUUGUAAAUGUGGGUUUGGUAAGAUCAAAUAUUUAGAGGUGGAAAAUGAGCUUCUUUUCAUGUUGUAAGUUACAAGAGAAGACCACCAAAAGCUCAUUGAAGAAAAACCUUAAGGAUUAUCAUAAUUUUUGUUUCAGACCUGAUCAUGGCAAACGGAAGUACAUAGUAGAGGAAGAAAAUGAAAGAUAUGAAAAAGGAAAUAUUACCUCUAAGAUAUUUACUUACCAUGAGCUAUCUGUUGCAACUAAGAACUUUCAUGUCCACAAUAUGGUUGGAGAAGGAGGCUUUGGGAGAGUGUACAAAGGGCGCAUUAAAAGCUUAGAUAAUAAGGUUGUUGCUGUAAAGAAACUUAACAAAAAUGGAUUUCAAGGAAGCAGAGAAUUUCUUGCAGAGGUUAUGAUUUUGAGUUUUUUGCACAACACAAACCUUGUUAACUUGGUAGGGUAUUGUAGUGAAGGUGAUCAAAGGAUUUUGGUAUAUGAGUACAUGUCAAAUGGUUCUUUAGAAGAUCACCUCUUUGAGUUACCUCCGGGAAAAAAGCCUUUGGACUGGUACACUAGAAUGAAAAUUGCAGAAGGUGCCGCGAGAGGACUCGAAUACUUACACGCAGAAGCAAGUCCGCCGGUGAUAUACCGUGAUUUCAAAGCAUCAAACAUACUAUUAGAUGAAAACUUCAAUCCAAAACUAUCAGAUUUCGGACUUGCAAAGCUUGGUCCGACCGGCGAUAAAACACAUGUGUCCACUAGGGUGAUGGGAACUUAUGGCUAUUGUGCACCUGAGUAUGCCUCAACAGGUCAAUUGACUACAAAGUCAGAUGUUUAUAGUUUUGGAGUAGUGUUUUUAGAGAUGAUCACAGGGAGAAGAGUACUUGAUUUUUCAAGAUCAUCUGAAGAGGAAAACUUGGUCACUUGGGCAUUACCACUACUCAAAAACAAAAGAAAAUAUACAACAUUGGCUGAUCCAUUGCUAAAAGGGAACUACCCAAUGAGGGGUCUAUACCAAGCACUAGCAAUUGCAUCAAUGUGUCUAUUGGAUGAUGCUACUGCUAGACCUUUAAUUGGUGAUGUAGUCACAGCUCUUGGAGUUUUAGCAAUGCAUGUACAAGUUGGAAAACAAAAACAUACAAAAGAAACUUAUAUUGAACAAGGAGAAUGCAGUUGAUCAAUCAAUUUCAUAGAUUAGAGAUCUUAGAGGGAUAGUGAAUGAAGUUUUGUGAAUUAUUUUAUAACAUUUCAUUGUGUUGCCAUUAGGUGUGUUAUAUUUUGAAGAUCAAAACCAUUACCAUAUUUUUCUAUGUUCGGUGUUUAAUUUCUUAGUAGUAUAUAUAAGUAUUAGACUUUGAUGAUAGAAAUAUGAUUGGUACGUAUCUGAUUUUUAAUUGGCU